GCUGACAGAGUUGGCGUUAACGAGCAGACCAUUAAGUAGCAAAGGAAUAUGGCCCACCUACCAGAUGACAACUCCAGGUACAAAGAUGUCGACUACUGGGAUGAAAGAUACAAGACGGAGCAGUGCUAUGACUGGCUGGGCAACUUCUCCAAAUUUGAGCAUCUUUUGGGAGACCACGUAAAAAAAGAAGACACAAUUCUGAUACUUGGAUGUGGAAACAGCAGCAUGAGUGGUGACAUGUACAGAGCCGGCUACCACUCCAUCACUAAUAUAGAUUACUCCUCAGUGUGCAUCAAUACCAUGCGUACCAGGCACAGCGACUGCCCAGGGAUGACGUGGCACCAGAUGGAUGUGCGCCAGCUCUCCUUCCCUGAUGCAUCCUUCGAUGUCAUCCUGGAAAAGGCCACACUCGAUGCCAUCAUGGUGGAGGAGAAGUCCCCUUGGAAGGUGUCACCUCAGACCACCGCUUUCAUUCACAAGGCACUCACUGAGAUUAGCCGCUGCUUGAAGCCUGGUGGACGUUUUGUCUCGGUGACUUUUGCUCAGCCCUUCUUCAGGAAACGACUCUACGCUUGCACCGAAUACAACUGGUCGAUCAAACACUACACCUACGGAGAUGGCUUUGAGUAUUUUGUGUAUGUACUGACCAAAGGAGAAGAGCUCAGUCCAGAAGACGCAGCCAUAGAAAGAAAACUACUGGAAGAUAAUGAAGCCACGCCUAUUAGCAUCACCACGACGCAGAGGGAUGACAAGGAGGACUUCCUGUCUACCAUCAAUUUAUAGGAUUUUAUCGAGAAGAUACUCCAGACACUUCUUUGCGCAUGAAGCUAAGAAGUGUGCACAUGACGUCUGGGGACACCUGAUGAUCAUACUUAUUUUGGAAACAUUCAGCAGCUCUUUAUGUUAUUUUAUUUUAUUUUUUUUUUUUUAGCAGAAAUCACAUAGGAUAUCCAGACGGGAAUCAAUCAUUCAA